AUGCUCCCACCUACAUCCCCUCCCUCAGGGCUCAUCCCCCUAACACCCACUCAACUAAACCUGGCAGCAACAAAAUGCCUCGCCCUCCAAGCCACCGGCCGACAAACCCACUCCAAGCGCCCCUUCGCCGCCCUCCUCCUCGCCCCCGACAACGAAACCGUCCUAAUGACCUCCCUCUCCCUCUCACACGUACGUCACGCAGAAUGCGAACUCGCGCGCAACGCCGCAGAUAACUAUGCAUUCGAGUACCUAGCCUCAUGCACAAUGGUCUCAACAUGGGAGCCCUGCGCCAUGUGUGCAGGGACAAUCUACUGGGCGCAUAUUGGGCGGUUGGUAUAUUUGGCUUCGGAGAAGGAGCUGCGGAGGUUGACGGGGGAGGGGAAUAAGGAGAAUUUGACGCUGGAUUUGCCGUGUCGCGAGGUUUUUAGCGCGGGGCAGACGGCUGUGGAGGUUUUGGGGCCGUUGAGUGAGGAGGGGUGGGAGGGGAGGGUUGUGGAUGAUGCGGCGCUGUUUUGGGGGAAGGGGGCUUAG